AUGGCGCCCACACUCUCAUUGAUCAAGAUCCUGUCACUCGUUCUGGCAUAUUUGUCUCCACUCGUUCUGAGCGCCCCGUGGAUCGUCACCGAUCACUAUCAGCAAGUCCAAGCCACCGAGCGUGUCUAUGAUUAUUCCAAACAGGCUUAUCUUCUCAGCACCCAGACGACCUACGAGGAGAUCGUUCCAACCGCCACCUCGCUUCCCGAGGCGAUUCAAACCAACACCAUCGUCAAGACAGAGUCCUAUUAUGGAGAUACGGUGACUUUGGUCAACGAGUUGUACCCGUCCGGGGCCGCAGGAACGCCACCUGUGAACACCAUCAACUACUAUGGUAAUCAGAACCCGGCCACCUCGGUCUCGACGAUCUGGGUGGUCAACAUGACCUACUCGGCGCCCACGGCCUGCUCGACUCAAUGGACAACCACCACGGCGGUCCCCAUCACGCUUCCAUAUAACUACGGGCACACCCUGGAAAACCUGCUCCCCACCACGGCGGUCUCGACCUCGUACAACGUGGUCAAUGACGGGGCCUUUACAUCGACCACUUCCGUCUACGAGUUCAUCUGGGUCGAUCCGACUCAGGUCCCCAGCGCAACGCUGUCUUCGCUGAGUCGCAGUUACUACCCGCGAACCUUGUACGACUCCAAUGACUACAGCUGCGCGUAUGAAGGUUACAGCGGGAGCUCGUACAGCGGCAACUAUGACUACGGCGACUACGGCUCUCCCUGGGGUGGCCUGACGUGGUGGGCCAUCAUCGUCAUCGGCAUCCUUGGAUGGGCCGGCCUCUUCUUCAUCUGCGGCAUCAUCGAGGCCUGGUUCCGAUUCCGCCGUCUGAUGAACGGGUGGCAGACUCGCCGCGGUCUCCCCGUCUGCUGGGCCCUGAUGAUCAUCCCCCUGACCUGUCUGUGUCUCUUCUGUUUCCGCCGGGGCUAUCGCUCCCGCAACGCCCACGACGCCGCCGUCCUCCAGGCUCGCUGGAAGAGACUCGGCGCCUGGAAGAAAUUCACCCUCUUUUUGAAAUGGGGCUUCCGCUACAGGUACCCGACCAUCUUGGGCCCCGCCCCUGAGCGCGUCACUCCCAGCAAGAGACCGGGCAAACACCCCGGGGCGGCCAUGGGGCCGCCCUUGUUGGACUCGACCGCUUCCCAGGAAGAUGUCAAUGGACCUUUGACCCCGGCGCGCUCGUUGGAUCAGCGCGCUGCGUCUGACGUCUCGGGUCCAGAGAUGAGCCAGGUCCUCCCGAGCGAGCAGCAUGUCUCUCACCCCGCGAGGUCGACGCAGGCCGCCGAUCUCGAAGGAGCCGAGCACAGCGCUGAGCUUCAACGACCUGGAUCGGCGACCACCUCUCUCCCUGCAAACGACGCUACGACCGAGACCCAGCAGCACAAUCCCCAGAACGGUCCACAGGAUGCGGGGAUCGGACGAGCCCAAUAA